AUGUCUGGAAUUGGACAAUGGGGAGGACUCGAGGGCACACCCAAGAAGGUGAUACAUCCACCUCUCAUUGUCAUGGUCAAGGUCAUUGUCGGCAAGCUCACAGAUGAGCAGAUCCAGCACCAGCCGGUUGAGAAGCUCAUCCCCAGUUGCUUUGCCAUCCUACCGGUUGAGGGCUGA